CUGAAAUUAUUUCCUGGUUCCUACUAUAAAAUUUUGCAUAAAAAACCCUUGUCCCCAAAAUCUUCCCCGCCUUUGUACUCACUCUGUUCUCCCCUCCGUUCCGUCUCUCUCUUCUUCUUGAAGUGUUUAGAAUGAGCGGUUGGCGGAGCUUGCUCUUACGGAUCGGCGACAAGUGCCCGGAGUACGCCGGAAAUCCCGACUUCAAAGACCAAAUUGAGACAUGUUUCGGCUCGGUUCGCCGAGAAUUAGAGCAUUCUGGGGAUGAUAUUCUACCGUUUCUUCUCCAGUGUGCUGAGCAAUUGCCUCACAAGAUUCCACUCUAUGGAACUUUGGUUGGUUUGCUGAAUUUGGAGAAUGAAGAAUUUGUCAGGAAAUUAGUGGAGAGCACUCAAAGUAACUUGCAGGAUGCCUUGGAUACUGGAAAUUGCAAUUCAAUCCGAAUUUUGUUGAGGUUUCUGACUGUGUUGAUGUGCAGCAAAGUAAUUCAAUCAAGUUCUUUAGUGGUUGUUUUUGAAACAUUACUGUCAUCAGCAGCAACUACAGUGGAUGAGGAGAAAGGAAAUCCGGCUUGGCAAGCACGUGCUGACUUUUAUAUAACCUGUAUUUUAUCAUGUCUUCCAUGGGGUGGGGCUGAGCUUGUUGAGCAAGUUCCUGAGGAGAUUGAAAGAGUCAUGGUUGGCAUUGAAGCCUACUUAAGUAUCCGAAGACAUGUUUCAGAUUCAGGGUUUUCUGUCUUUGAGGUUAUUGAUGAUGUUGACAAUGGUCAAAAUGAAAAGGAUUUCUUGGAGGAUCUAUGGGGUCGAAUUCAAGAUCUUUCCAAUCGAGAAUGGAAAGUUGAUAGUGUUCCCAGACCACAUCUUUCUUUUGAGGCGCAGCUAGUUGCUGGGAAGUCCCUUGAUUUUGGUCCCAUAAGCUGUCCUGAGCAACCUGAAAUACUCUCUGGCAUUACUCCCGGUAGACAAAAGCAUGAAGCUGAUUUGAAAUAUCCCCAGAGGAUACGGCGGCUUAAUAUAUUUCCUGCAAGCAAGUUUGAGGAUAUUCAGCCAAUAGAUCGCUUUGUUGUCGAAGAGUAUUUGUUGGAUGUGCUCUUAUUCCUGAAUGGCUGUCGAAAGGAAUGUGCUUCGUACAUGGUUGGACUGCCCGUGCCUUUCCGAUAUGAAUAUCUUAUGGCAGAGACAAUAUUUUCUCAGCUGCUUCUGUUACCUCAGCCUCCAUUUAAACCAAUAUAUUACACAUUGGUGAUCAUCGAUUUAUGUAAGGCACUUCCAGGGGCUUUUCCUGCUGUUGUUGCGGGAGCAGUACGUGCUCUUUUUGAUAGAAUAGCAGACUUAGAUAUGGAGUGCAGAACACGUCUCAUCCUAUGGUUCUCACAUCAUUUAUCGAACUUUCAAUUUAUUUGGCCAUGGGAAGAAUGGGCUUAUGUGUUAGAGCUCCCAAAAUGGGCUCCUCAGCGUGUCUUUGUUCAAGAGGUUUUGGAAAGGGAAGUCCGUCUGUCGUAUUGGGACAAAAUUAAGCAGAGCAUAGAGAAUGCACCUACUCUGGAGGAGUUGCUUCCUCCAAAAGGUGGGCCAAAUUUUAAAUACGGUGCAGAUGAUGGUACAGAUCAACCAGACCAUGCUCUCUCUGUGGAGCUCAGUGGUAUGGUUAAAGGAAGGCAAACUGCUCGAGAAGUUAUAUCUUGGAUGGACAAUAACGUACUUCCAGUUCACAGUUUGGAAAUUACUCGCACAGUUGUUAUUCAAACCCUUCUUGACAUUGGAUCAAAAAGCUUUACUCAUCUGAUUACUGUCUUGGAGAGAUAUGGCCAAGUCAUUGCUAAACUCUGUACUGAUGAGGACCAACAAGUUACUCUGAUAUCUGAAAUAAGUUCUUACUGGAAGAAUAAUGGUCAGAUGACAUCAAUUGCCAUUGAUCGAAUGAUGGGUUACCGGCUUAUAUCUAACCUGGCCAUUGUGAGAUGGGUUUUCUCUUCAGCAAAUGUAGAUCAAUUUCAUACUUCUGACCGCCCCUGGGAGGUUCUGAGAAAUGCUGUCAGUAAGACAUACAAUCGUAUUUGUGAUUUAAGGAAAGAUAUUUCAACCCUCAAGAGAAGUCUUACAUUGGCUGAAGAAGCUGUGUCUAAAUCCCAGUCGGAAUUGGAUUUAGCUGAGUCUAAGCUCACUCUCUUGGAUGGUGAACCUGUUGUUGGUGAAAACCCUGCCAAAAUGAAACGGUUAAAAGCUAACGCUGAAAAAGCAAAAGAGGACGAGGUAUCUAUUUGUGAGUCUCUAGAAGCAAAAGAAGCUCUUCUAGCUCGAGCACUUGAUGAAAAUGAGGCACUGUUCCUUUCCUUGUACAAAAACUUUUUGAGUGUCUUGGCAGAACCACUUCAUGAUGUGUUCGCAGAUGGAACCUUGCGAUCGUCUGGUCAGGCAGAUGAAAUGACUAUUGACCUUGAAGAUACUUCUGCAAUGGAAGUGGACAAAGAUAAUGAAGAAGGACCAAAGAAAAGCAAUCCUCAAAAUGGAGGCAAGAGUGAGUAUAAUCUUGGCGAAACAGAGCAAUGGUGUUUGUCAACUCUGGGUUAUCUCAAGGCAUUUACUAGGCAAUACUCUUCUGAGAUAUGGACGCAUGUAGGGAAGUUGGACGCCACAGUACUGACAGAAGACGUUCACCCUCUCUUCCGGAAAGCCAUAUAUUGCGGCCUGCGAAGACCUAUGAAUGAUUUUUAACUGCCACAGUAUCUUAUACGUAGUAUUUGCUUUCAUCUUCCUCAGGUAUUUCCUUGAAUUGCUGAUUCAGUUGAGUCUCACAUACAAAUAGGUGAACGGAAGUGGUUAUGUUAAUCUAGGUCUGACAAGAGUUAUUCAUUUAAGUAGGAUUUUUUAAAAUUACAUAAUGUAGAUUUGUCGAAGUCACUUUGAUUGUCGUUUUUAGUGGUAGUGAAUGCAAGCUUGUAGCACCCUUUUUUUUAAAUUAAAGUUGGAAGAUUUUUUGUUUUAAGGAAUUGUUGAGUUGCAUGCACUACCAUAUUGAAAGAUCAAAGAUGUACGAUAGUAUGCCUCCUGGCUCCUGGUCAAGCUUAUGAUUAUGGAUUAUUGUUUAUUUGUUUA